AUAUCUGCAUCCUUUUGAAUUGAGUGGCAUACACUGGUCCAUUAAACUCUUCCCUUCUCCUUUUUGGUAUUUCUGUUAAAUUUAUAUCUCUAUAUAACUUAAGCUGUAAACUUUCUCACAGAUAAAAAAAUGUUGUGCUAUUUUUUCUCUUAAUAGCCUUGAAAUAAGAACUCUUACACUUGAGUAAGUUGGUUAGUGUAUGUAAUUUGUUUGGCAUUCCCAUGUGCCCAAGACAAGGUAGAAGCCCAUGCCUUGUUUGUGAAUGGUUAUUUUCCAAAUUUACAAGCACAAAAUUUGGACCUAUUCGUGGAGAUAGCUAAGGUCAUAUGACAAGAGAGUUGAUGAAAAUACAUAUAUUGCAGUAAAGUCUUCAUUGGAUUAGGACUUAACUGUACUUAAAUCUUCCUAUUUAAAGCAUCUUUUCUUUUGAGUUUCCAAAAGAUAAUUUAUAGGGAUUGUGGGCUCUCUCUCUCGUUUUCAAGCCAAGCUGAUCAAGACUGUUAAAUGAUGUCAGUCGCUGCGAGAUUGAGUUUGAAGAUUUCUUCUAAAGGGGUCCAGCUCAGUAAUCCAAAAACAGGAAGUGAACAAAUAGCAGAGGAGGCAGAUGAUAAUGAUGAUGGAGAGAAAGAAAAAGAUGCCGAUGUUGGCAUGGCUCAGUGCAAUAUUUGAACAGGGCAGGCUAAUUGCUGAAACAGACAUUGCCAGACUCCAUUUAAAAAUUCACUCCUGCAAGCAAGCUCAACGAAACAAGUCCAGAAGGCCGGCAGACCUGUUUGAGUGUAAGAUUGAUCUGCCGCUGCGUAUUUGUGAAAUGCUUGGGAUGCUUACCACGAAGAAUGAAGAGGCAUAUAGUGGAUGCCCUGUAAUGUCACUACGUCAGGGUCUAUUUAAAGGAGAUCAAACUAUCAAAGCAUUUUAUGGGGCGAAAUGAUGAUGCGAUCAUGGGGAGAGUGUUGAAGCUAAGUUCCGCGGUUGGGCUGAUUGGUGCAAGGCAGAGAACACAGAGGCUACUGGAAUAUUUAGAAGAUCAGUUGGUUAAGGCUGAAUGAACAACCUAUCAGUUCAUCAGAAUUUUAAUGAAUAUGUUUAUAUUAAGUCUUUGGCUCCCAAAAAGAUAUUCUUUUAGUAUCUGUAUUACUGUUUUCUCAUCUUUUUGUAAGACAAAUUUGAACCUCAUGGUAGCUUUCAUUCUUUUAGGCCUGAAAGUAAAGGUUACUUUUCUCAAGCACUAUAUUAGACAUUGGUCA